AUGGCAGAAAAUUUCCAACGUGCACCUUUCUUUGGGACAGAAUGUGCUCUGCAGCCCUCUGCCCCUGUGCUGAGGAAUGCCACGCCCUUAGCAGGAAGUGUGUGCAACUUCUCCAGGGUCUCCACCCCAGCUGUGAGCUCAGCAUGGCUCCUGCCAUCAGACUCCAGCACUUGUUGCCAGCAGCUCAUGGACAGUGCCUACCCCUACUUACCAGCUGGCACAACCAUGGUGACUGUGCUGACUGACCAGGGCCAGAGCUCUGCCUCACCACUCUCCUAUCCAGGUGUUCUCCAGUGGGAUCCCACGGGAAGCACUGACAGGAGGGGAGCUACACUCCAGGACUUCACUGUAACUGUCAUUGACCAGAAUACCACAUUCUCCUCCUUGUCUAUGACAGCCCAGGGUGACAAUAUUUUAGAUCCCAAUGCCUUAGUCGUUUCCUAUCCAACACUGUCUGCCAGGAUUGUUCAGGCCACACCACCACAGGUGCCUAAUCAAGGAUACAGCCUGGCACCUUCCUACCAGGAGGGCAGCCAGGUCUACUACUAUGACCUCAAUAUCCUGGGCCCUCUGAUGGCUGGAGAACUUGGGCAGUGCCUGCAGGCCUGUGGCUCUGUGUCCUACUCUGGGGGUCAGGGCUCUGCCCUGCAACCAGAGAUGAUGAUGAUGCCAAAGGAGAUUCAGCCAACAAAUGUCCAAACACCUUUCUCCAACUCUGCCAUCUACUAUCCCACACCUGCUCAAGACAUGCCAGACACCAGUCUUCAAGUGGUGAAAACGGAGACAUCCCUGGGAUUGACAGCUUCAGGCCAGACACUCUGUCUGCUGCAGAAUCCAGACCUCUGCAGUGCUUGCACCCAGGAUGUCCAGAAGACACCACCUGUCCAUGGGGACUGGUCAUUAACUGCUCCCAUGCACAGUUUUUUGGAAUACCUGCCCUUGCCUCUUGCUCCGAGCUUGGAACAAACAGAGAAUAACGACUUGGAUUUGAUGACAGCUGAUCUAUCAACUCCUCUGGAUGCCUAUGAGGGCAUAAAAGAAAACCAAGACCCAUCACUUCUCCCUUUAGCACAUGCCAACAUGCGGCAGGCCCUGGACUACACUGAUUCUGGGAGCCUGAAACAGAAGCUUUCUCCUGACAAUGCCACCUUGGGAAGCAGCAGCCUUGGUCAGGAUGAGCCUGGGGUGCUGCAGAGUGUGAUGGACUCCAGCAUGGACUUUGCAGACAUGACUACACUGGUGGCAGAUAUUCACCUUCCCCGACUCUUCCACUCAAUCACUGAAAUGAACCCAUUCCAAGAUCCCACAGCAACCCAAUCCAAAGACACCAGGAGGGAUCAGGCCCAGGAAAGCUCCAGCAUCAUCAGUGUACCUGUGGACCAAGUGAGAAAGAAUGUCCAGAAAUCCUCUGAGAUGCUUGAUGUGUCUCCUCAGGCCAGAAUCCAGCUCCAGGACUGGGUGAAGGGCGAAGAGGCGGUGGGCAGUGCUGGGUCCAGUGAAGGGGCUAUUGACAACAUGCCUAAACACUUGGAGGGCAAGGCCCAGAUUGCCACACCUAGCAUGCCCAGCAGAGCUAGGGCUCAGGGGCAAGACAAGACCAAGAGAACCAGAGUAAACAACUCCAAGAAAACAGAGGAGCUGAAGCAGUCAAGGAACAGAGUCAAGGAGGAAGAAAACACCACCAAGCCAAAGAACCAGAGGAAGAGGAAUCCACCCGAGCUCAGCCAUGACAGCUUUAAAAAGCCUCGAACUCACCUCGGCAUGCACAUGCUAGAAUCCGUGCAAGUCUUUCACCCACUGGGGAAGAAGAGUGAGAAGAAAACUGGCAUCUCCUCCUCCCAGGCUCAGCUAAACCUCAGUAGCAACAAAGAUCCCAGGACAGGCCCAGUCACCACAUCCCUUCUGGAUGUGCCAUGUGAUGGCGGAGGCCCUGGUAAAUCCCCAAGCAAUACUCAGAGACCAGAGAGCAAUGCUCACAGGGAGUGUCCAUCUCCAUCCCAGUAUGAGCUGCCCCCACCUGGGAAGGUCAAGUUAGUACCUCUGCCUUUCCCAGCCGUGGACAUGCAACAAGCAAGACCUGUUUCUAGGAAGCCUCUCCCCCUGGCUUCUCGCAGGGCCCCUGCAGUAUGCCCUGUGAGGCCUCAUUCCCACUCGGCUCAGCCUACCACACUCAAGCCAUCUAAACCAGCUCCUGCCAGCACUUCUUUGAUGGCCUCUGACAAGCCAGUUCUGCCUAUUGCUACCAGUGCCACACGACCUAACAUAACCAACCCCAUCCAGUCUUGCCCUGGGCCUCAGCCAGCUGUCUGUAGGCCAGAAUCCUACAGGGCAUCAUCUCACCCUUCACUACAGAGGGAGCUUGCAUCUGCUGACAAGAACAAGGCCCCAUCAACCCCAAAACCUCAAAUCCAAUAUCUACUGCAAGACUUCAGCCACCAACCAAUUCCAUGGAGGAAAGUCCACAUUCCAGGGCCAGUCAUCUCACAGCCCAUCACAGAAGAGCAGAGGCCAGAGAGGGAGGCCAUGAAGAGGCAGGCUCAACGGGAGAGAGAGAAUGCUGCCAAGUACACCUCUCUGGGAAAACUGCAGCUUUUCCUCCAGAGGGAGAAGGAUAUGGAAAUUUCUCGAUAUUAUGGCUAUGCAAUGUAAGAGCAGGCCAGGAUUUUAGAGCAGAGUGCUUUUCAAUGUGGAUAAGAAGAGAUAUAAAUACCAAUACACAUGUGUACAAGGAAUUUAACAACUUAAAUGAAAUGUAUAGAUACAUAGGUCCAAAUGUAGUAAUACAGAUGACUAUGUAGAUAUAGAUGGAUAUACAAAAUGUCUAUAUUCACAUAUAUUUGAGUACUUAGUAAAACUCCCUAAAAAGUCUUAAGUCUGUUAUUUCAUCUGUGAGUAAGUUGUCUUUCAAUAUUUAUCUUAACUUUGAUAAUUGAAUUUUUACAUUUUCCAAGUACAAUAUCAUAUUCUAUAUGAAAUAAAACUCACAAAAUACUUUUUAAGUAUUAAAUCAAUUAAAUGCUCUGGUUUUUCAUUCACAGGACAUGGUAUGCCUUGAAGCACAUACUGAGUAUUGAGCACACUUCCUCUUUGACCACAGUCUGACCAUUUCUCACCUCUCCCCACAGCACUUAGACAUCAUUUUUCUGCUACAGAGCUAUGCCUCUAAUUUCAUGAAACACAUACAUAGGAUUUCAUUUAUGUAAAUAUAAUCUAGGAACCACAUAUGAAAGAAAACAUGGACAGUUUACUGAGCCUGGUUAAUUUACAUGAUAAUCUCCACAGAUUUUUUUCCUUCACAAAGCAUAAUUUCAUUCUUUUUAUGAAUUAAUAAUUUCCCAACGUGUUAAUACAUCACAUUUUCUUUAUACUUUUCUCUGUUGUUGACACUCAGGCUAUUUCCCUAAUGUUGCUGCUGUGGACUGUUGCAAAGGCUAUUUUUGGUGUCAACCUGAAUACAUGUGGAAUUAGUUGACUGGGUACACCUGUGAGGGAUUUUUCUCAUUAACAAAAUUAUUAAAUCACUUGACGUAGAAAUAUCCAACUUUAAUCCAGAUCUUUUGAGAUGGGAAGAUCUGCCUUUAGUUUGGGCCACACCUUCUGGUGGCAGCCUAUAUGAAGGACAUGGAAGAAGGAAGCUCUUUGCUCUUUGCUUGCUUGCCCUUGCUUUUGCUAGCAUGUCCUUCCUUCACUGGCAUUAGAUCUUACUUCUUCUUUGGGAUUCCAGAGUAUGCUGAAGACCAGCUGAGAUACCCAGCUUCAUAGACUGCACCACUACUCCACCCUUGGACUUUCAGUUGGUAGAUAUUCAUUGUUGGACUAAGUAGACCAUAGCCUGUAAGCCACUCUAAUAAAUCCCCUUUCUAUAUAUAGAGAGAUGGAUAGAUUGAAUGAGUCUAUCAUUCUACAGAACCCUGACUAGUAUAAUUCUGCUGUAAUCAAUAUUGAUGUGCAGAUAUGUCCCGAAUAUAAUGAGUUGAAAUCCUUCUUGUAAAUACCCAGAAAUAGUAUAACUGGGUCAUGUGGAAGAUUCGUUUUUUUUUAAGAACCUCCAUUGUGAUUCUAUUGUGUGGUGAUUCUAGAAAAGAGCACACAUGGACACUCUUAUGUCUGAAUAGAAAGUCUGUAUUUCUGUCCAGCAGCUGCAUGGGAAACCUGCACAAAUCAUGCAGCCCUGAGCCUCACUGCCUCUGGUCUUUCAAGCACAAAAACUAUAUCCUGUGUUGACAUGCUUUAGUGAGCAAGAACAGUUAGCAAGAAGCAGAACUAUAGAAGCCAAAAAAAAGGCAAGGCUAGUACAUUUAUGGGCUUUCCUGGAUCCUGGAGCUAUUGACUUUGUCUUUUAUGUAUUAGGUCUUUGUUCCCAUUUCUGCAGGUGUUGGGGCCUACAUGCUGGGUUCUGAGGUCAGAAUGAUGCCUCCAACAUAGUGUCCAUUGUGCUGAUGUCUGGGGGCCUGUUACAACCCCUGUACCUGAUGUAAUAGCUUAUAUCCUCACCAGUGACAUAUGUUUUUCUUCAGUUUGUGUUCUUGACACCGUUUGUCAUUUCUUGACUUAAUUAGUGUCAUUCUAAUUCAAGUGAAAUUAAUCUCAAUGUAAUCUUAAUUUAGACUUCUCUGACAAUGAACAUUUGAGUGUGUGUGUGUGUGUGUGUGUGUGUGUGUGUGUGUGUGUGUGUGUGUGUUGGCCAGGUGAAUUCCAUCUUUUGUGAACUAUCUUUUAAUUCAUGAGUUAUUAACUAGGAUGUUUUCUGUUAACUUUUUAGUUCUUUGCACUCCAGAUAGUAAUCCUCUAUCAGAUGUAAAGACCUAAAGACUUUCUUCCAUUCUAUGGGCUGCUUCCUCACUGUUUCUCUCGCUUGGCAGAAGCUUUUUGAGUUUAUGAGGUUCCACUUGUCAAUAGUAGGCAUCACCUCCUGAAUGGAAGAGGUUAUUAUCAGUCAUUGUUUGGUUCUGUAUUAAAAGUGUUUACUUUUUCCUCUAACAGUUUCAAGCAUUGCAUUAAAUUCUUAGGAGCAUUUGGACUUGAGUGUAAUACAGAGUAAGAGAUAGGAAUCUAGUUUUAUUCUCCUACAAGUGAGCAUACACUUUUCCUAGCAAAAACUGUGAUUCUGUUUUUUCUGCAAAGCCUAUGCUUGGUAUUUUUGUCAAAAAACAGUUCUCAGUAGCUGUGUGGGUUUAUAUCUCAGUCCUCUAUAUACCAUUAAUGGAUGUGUCUGUUUUUGUGCCAGUGCUAUGCUGAUUUUGUUACUGUUGCUCUGUAAUAUCACUUUAUGUCAGGACUGGCGAUAUCACCAGCAUUAAUGUUCUUGCCCAGUAUUAAUUAAGUUAUCUGGGGGACUUUGCGGAUCCAUACGUGACUGUUCAGAGUUUUUUCCUACACCUGGGAAGGCUGGUAUUUGGAUUUUGGUAGAGAUUACUGUUCAACUUACAGACUGACUUGAUAGCCAUUUUCACAAUAUUAAUUCUUGCCAUCAUAAGUAUGGCACAGUUUUUAGCCUUCUAGUAUCUUCUAUGCUGUUAGUUUAGUGACAAUGAAUGACUUUUGCCACUUUCUAUAAUGGAAAGGUUUUCUUUCUACUUCAGUUACGGCAGAGUCUUGCUAGCUACAGUUCAAUAUGUCACAAGCUGUCUUUCAGAGUAUGAAAUAGUAUUCAAUAUCACAUUUGUUUCAUAUAGUUAGUAUUUUGAAUAUAUGGUUACCUGGGGAGACCUUUCAUUGCAUUUAUCUCUUUGAUAUUCAUAGUAAUAAACACCUCCUGUGCAUAAACUGGAAUAUCUUCCCCAAGAUUUGAGACAGUUUGUUAUGAGUUUAUUGAAAAUGCAUUUAGAACAGAAUUCUCACCUCUUUUCCAUGCUCAUGAUUUAUAGAGUUGGGGUCUUAGUAUGGUUUCUAUUGGUGUGAUAAAGACCAUGACUGGCUAGUUUUAUGUCAACUUGACACAAGCUAAAGACAUCUGAGAUGAGGGAAUCUCAAUUAAGAAAAUGCCUCCACGUUUAGUUAUUCAAACAUCCUUCCUUUUGGCAUAUUGUCAAUGAAUGUGCUGGAUUCAUUUAUGUCUUCAAAAUAUUAAAAAUCAA